CUCAAAGUAGAAUAUAAUGAUAUGCACAAAUCAGAAUGUUUUAAUUAAUUAGGACGUUGACUACAUCUUUAAAGGUAUACAUGUAGUAAAUUAAAGAAUCGAUUUAUCGCUCUGUAUAUUUCUUUUGCAGAUUAUCGUGCAUGCGUAUUAAAUAUAUGAUAUCAAAAUCAACAUUAAGAAAUACUGACUAGUUCCUUUUUUUUCAAGUAUUAUUAUACUUGACCCGAUAGCAUUGCAAUAUACAGUUCUUGAUACAAUUUUUCUUGUCUCUAAUGAAACAUUCAAAUGUCAUACCAAUUUCAAUUAAUUCAAAUUUUUUCCGCUAUGUGGCACAAGUAUUAGAAAUUGUAUUUCAAAAUUUUCCGAAUCCUCUGUAUAUGUAUAAAUAAAAUCAAUUAGUAUUUAUAGCAAAUAUUGGCAAGUGUUAGCAGUAAAGUGUAAACUGAGAGAAAAACAAAAAGUUUCUGCAAUACGUUAAAAGUUCAAGAUUGUAUAUUUAUGACACAUUGUACAUAGAAACAUCAUUUUCCGACACAACGAACUGAGUAAGCUUCUCGAAGUAUUCAUAAUUUUGUUAAUACAAUAUGAUAUACGAUAUAUACAGAUGAAGUAAACGUUUUAUUCUCUUAUGUAACUGAAUAUUUUAUCGAAGCAGACUGUAAAUGUUAGAAAUAUUGUUCACUUACAAUUUCUGAAGAAAAUAACCUAACAAAAAGGCGCAACAUAACCUAAUUUGACAAGCGACGUUAUAGUUUGCUUUAUCUUAAAUAAAAUUUAAGCAACAUGGAUAAAUCAAUUUUUAUGCAAAAGCAAGUGAAAGACAAUGCAGAAGAUUUACAAAAAGAAUUUCUUGAUAUGAAAAAUUGGGAACAACAAAUGAAAAGUAAAGAUGAAGAGCUAAGGAAAGAAAUGUAUGGCGAGGCAUCUUUACCACCAAUAAGAAGCAAAAAUAGAAGUAAAACAAAAGUUGUUCCUACAAAACAAAAUGGAUCUAAUAUUAAAUCUAAAAGAAUUAAAUCAUAUGAUCAUUCUGCUUGGGAUAAAUUUGAUGCAGAUGAGGCAUGUAAAAAUAUAGAUAAAGCAGAGCAAUCAAAUGAUUCAGAGGAUGAAAUAAUGUCUAAAGAAGAAUUAGAAAAGGCACAUAGAAUGGCAGUAAAAUAUAAAAAUCAGGGCAAUAUUUUUGUACAGCAACAAAAAUGGGUCGAAGCAAUUGGAAGUUAUAAUCAGGCUAUUAAAACUUUUCCAUAUGAUGCUGUGUUUUAUGCAAAUCGUGCACUUUGUCAAUUAAAAUUAGAUAACUUAUGUUCUGCUGAAUCAGAUUGUUCAGCAGCAAUACAAUUGGAUGAAACUUACGUAAAAGCUUACCAUAGGAGAGCAACAGCUAGAAUGAAUUUAAAACAGUACAAAGAAGCCAAACAAGACUUGGAAAAAGUUUUAAAAUUAGAACCUUCUAAUAAAGAAGCAAAGCUGCUACUUGCACAAAUUGAGAGCAAGAUACAAGCUUCCAGUUCAGCUAGUACAUCGAAAGAGAAUACAGAGAAAUUAUCUGAGAAAUCUUCAGUUGAAAAACUGAUUGGUGAAAAAAUGUGGUCCAGUACUAAAUCAAGUACUAAAACAACAAAUAUUAAAGAUGUCAAAGACAGUAAAGAGGGUGAAAAGGAUGAGAAUAGCAAGGAUCUGAAACACAUUGAGGAAGAUACAAUAGUUAACAUACAAAAUACUACUAUGAAAUAUAAAGAAAGAGAUCCACGUAUUCCUGAUUGGUUACCAGAAAAAGAUGAUGUUGCUGUGAUAGAACCUGUUAAAAGACCACCUCACUUACGUUCAAAGAAGUCGCUACUAAGAAUACCAGUUGAAGAAGUCGAAUUUAGUACUAUUCAAUACUGCUGUACCAGCAAAGAAACAGCAUGUAAUGAAUACAAACCUGUACAGUUAAAGAAAAUUUGUGGAAAUGAUACAUAUAUUCCUAUUUGUUUACCCGAGAAAGAUGAUGUUGCUGUAAUAGAACCUGUUAAAAGGCCACCUCAUUUACUUUCAAAAGAUUCUCUAACAAAAAUAUCAGUUGAAGAAGUAGAAUUUAGUACUAUUCAUAACAAAGAACGAACAACGUCUAACAAACGUAAACCAGUACAGUUGGAGAAAAUUAGCAAAGAUGAUAAUUUUAAGAUUGAGAGUUGUAUUAAAGUUUCUGAAUCUGUAGAAAAUGUUAAUAAUAUUCCUCCAGUUCCUAGAACAGCUGUACAGUUUGUAACAAAUUGGAAGACGAACAAAUCGUCAGAAUUUAGAUACAAGUAUUUAAAGCAAUUACCCAGGAACAGUUUGCCCCUAAUAUUUCAAAACUCUAUGGAAUCUGAUAUCUUCAGUGAAAUAUUAGAAGUUUUAAAGUUAGAAUUUAUAAAAAGAAGGGAGUCCAUAUACCCUUAUUUAAAAGAUCUUAGUGAAGUUAAGCGGUUUAGAGCUCUUAUUAUGUUUAUUAGCAACGAUGAAAAAAGAAGUUUAAAAGACUUUUUUGAAUAUUGCAAAGUAGUUGAGAAUAUAUCUUUUGAAGAAAUUGAAGCUUUGCAAGAAAACUAUGAAAUCUCAAAAUAAAUUGACGAUAUGCAGUUAAGUUUGAAAACAUAUGUUUAAGUUAUAAAAAGAUUGCGUAAGUUAGGUAUUUUGUACGUAUAUUUCUAUUUACAAACAAACAAAUAAAUAAGAUUAUUCUAAUGA